AUGGAAAGAUGUAUUAAUUGGGUCUCCUUAUUCUGCAGGUACAACGUAAUCAAGGAAGUUGGAGAUGGCACUUUUGGUAAUGUUUGGCGAGCCAUAAGCAAACAAAGUGGUGAACUAGUUGCUAUUAAGAAGCUGAAACGGAAAUAUUAUUCGUGGGAGGAGUGUUUGAAUCUCCAGGAAGUGAAGUCUUUACGAAGACUAAACCAUCCCAACAUUGUCAAGCUCAAAGAGGUUAUUAGAGAGAAUAUUGAUAUAUUAUACCUUGUUUUUGAGUACAUGGAAUGCAAUCUCUAUCAACUUAUGAAAGAAAGGGUUAAAUCCUUUUCAGAGGUUGAAAUUCGGAAUUGGUGCUUUCAGAUCUUCCGAGCGCUGGCUUACAUGCACAAACAGGGUUAUUUUCAUCGUGACCUUAAGCCUGAGAAUUUGCUGGUUACUAAAGACCUUGUGAAGAUAGCAGAUUUUGGCCUUGCUCGUGAAAUCCUUUCUAAGCCACCAUUCACAGGAUAUGUAUCAACACGCUGGUACCGAGCUCCAGAACUUUUGCUUCAUUCUUCUGUUUAUAAUUCUGCAGUUGAUAUGUGGGCAAUGGGAGCUAUCAUGGCUGAACUUUUCACCCUUCAUCCGCUUUUUCCUGGCUCAAGUGAGGCAGAUCAGCUAUGCAAGAUUUGCAGUGCUAUUGGAUCUCCCAAUAGUGACUCAUGGUCUGAAGGGCUGCAAUUUGCAGCAGCUAUGAACUAUCAGUUUCCGCAGUUUGCUGGCGUCCCUGUUUCUGUCAUUCAUUCAGCUAGCAAGGAAGCGGUGGACCUUAUCUCAACACUUUGUUCCUGGGACCCAAGAAAAAGACUCACAGCAGUAGAAGUUCUUCAGCAUUCAUUCUUCAAGCCUUGCUUUUGCAUCCCGCCAUCACCUCAGUUGAAAUCAGAAGGGGUGCAGAAAACGCCUUCAUCAGCUGUAACGAAAAGCUCUUUGGUCUCAAUAAGCGCUAGAGAGCAUUCUGUUGGAGUUUUAUCCAGUACUAGGUUCCCAAAUAACUUGUCAUCAGCUAAUACAAAUGGCUUUUCAAGGACAGGUGAUUAUUUGUCCAAUUUGUUGUGUUGCUUGUUCUCGUUUUCUUUACUUUUAUUCAAUUCAAAUGGCUGA